GAGUUUUUCUUUCCAAUAGUCUCUUCACAUCCGAGAUCGAUCAUGUCACCACCCUCCAUAGAACAACUACACACUUUCCAUGCUCAAGACAGAAAAAUAUUCUCAAAACUUGUCUUAAAAUUUUCAAGAUCUCCAGCCGAAUCACUUCUUAUCAUGGCGACAUGGUUUUGGCUUGAAGAUUUUUUUUCUCAAAACAUCUUAUCAACCAUAUUGGCUUUAAGCGAUCCAGUCAUUGUGGCUUUGGCUAACGAGGCUGUCUUGUGCUUCCAAUGCCUCGAUUCCGCUGAGAAGCCAAAUGACUUCAAUCAUAUCCCUCUCACCGCAGAACUCUUGGCAAAAGACAUAUCUCUUCAAAUAUUCCACAAACACCGAUACAGUGCUAUCGCAGGAAUCAAAAACUUUUUAACCACUGUUUGUUCUAGAAUUUUUUCUGACAUACUUCAACAAGCUCUUCCAUCUUCUUCAUCAUAUACUUUUGUCACUAGAUUCCGCCACCCUCUAAUCAUCCCCGGUUUUCCCCAUCCGACGUUCGGAAGCAUUAAUGUUAUGCCCGAUAUUGUUGUUGGGGAUAAAAUCUACAACAACAACAUAGUUCUUUGUUCUCAUGGUCUAUGGGGUUGGAACGCUAACUGCAUCGCAACUGAUAUCGAAAGAACUAUGUUUCUAACAUUUUCUCGUGGGUUUCCUGUUUCGCAAGCGGAGGUGAAAAGUUUUUUCACCAAAAAAUAUGGAGAAAAUUGUGUUGAAGGCGUUUACAUGAAAGAGGAUAACGAAAACUCCCCCAACGCAAACGGAAACAACAAUGGUCAACAACAAUCACUAUUCGCAAAGUUGGUCUUGGAUUCAGUUGCUACUGUGGAUCGCAUACUCGACGGAGAGAAGAUAAAAAGGUUCAAGUCUAACGGAAAACAUAUUUGGGCUCGGAAGUAUAGCAUGAGUAGAGACGGUUAACUUAAGCCAAAUGGAAUUUAGUUUUUCUUUUUUUGUUAUUCUCUGCUAACAAAGUUAUAUUAUGUCU